AUGGCGGCGACCGAAGUCGAGAGGAAGAGCAGGAAGAAGUCCUCGCACUCUUCGUCCAAGACUGCGAAGCCGCGCUCCUCUUCUAGGAAACCACGCGUUUCGGCUUCAGUGGCAGACAUGUACUUGCAAGAUUACGCGCCUCCGGUCCAGGCGACCUCUCCUCAGCGUGCAGCAGCAACGAGGCCUCCCCCGACCCUCUAUGGCUAUGCCGCGAGUCCGCCUCAGCACUCCAUUUAUCGCCAGAUGCCUGGGUCCUUUCCAGAAGACAGUUACCGAUAUGGCUCUCCGCCACCGCAGCCUGUUCAGCCAUACGCUAGUCAAUCAACGAUCCGCUUUGCUUCUCCGCCACCCCAAGAACCCCGCGGUCAAGGCCCUUUCGAACAACAAUGGAAUAGUCUCGACCGAAUGGCCGCCAAAUCCUACCUGAAUCUUCGCGAUACGGCUGGAAAGAGUGUCACGAAACUGACGACCAACUGCAUUGAGCGGCCCACCGCAGCUGUCGCUACAAAGAGCAUGCAAACGUUGUGUCGCGGAGCUGCGCUAUACGAUAUGAUUAGUUCGAAGUUCGACGCAGUCAUCACCAGCAUUGAUGACGAUCACUUCAGCGGCAAAGAACAAGACCUCAUGAUGGAGUUCAGCGAGCAGCAGCAAGAAGAGGCUCAGAGAACGAGCCCUCCUCUUGGUGAACCAAGACGCCGACGCCAACACGAAGUGCAAUCCCACUCUAGUAGCGAUAAAGGGUCGAAUCAUUUCUCCAAAGUGUGGCUAUACUCCAACUCCCGAUUACCACCACAUCUGCCGCCUUUCAAGGUAUAUCUACCAACGUAUCCUCUACUUUGCUUGGCCGCAACCUACUCGGAGAAGGCGUACACGCCGCCAGGCACGAAGAAGAAUCCCGAAAUGGAGACUUUCAUUCCUGCUGAUUGGCGUAGCGGCACAAAAGCCAUGGUACUCAAGUCCAUCCCUGUGGAAGAACUGAAUACUAUCGUCUUCGCUAUUCGCGGAAGCCAGACCUUUAUGGACUGGGCUGUCAACUACAACUCGGCACCCCACAGCCCGGAGAAGUUUCUUGACGACCCGUCAAACCUGUGCCACGCUGGCUUUCUCUACGUGGCCAAGAAGAUGAUCAAGCCCGUGGCAGAACGGUUGAAGGUCUUGCUCCAAGAAAACCCCGCGCGUUCAAACUGCAGUCUACUCAUCACCGGACACUCCGCGGGCGGAGCAGUCGCGGCACUGCUUUACGGACACAUGAUGAGCACAAAGAUCAAUUCUGAGCUUAAUUACCUGACCAGCUUCUUCAAGCGCGUGCACUGUGUCACGUUCGGUGCACCACCAGUCAGUCUGCAUCCUUUGAAGAAGCCUGAUGACAAGCGACAUCGUAAAAGUCUCUUCUAUGCCUUCAUCAACGAAGGCGACCCGAUACCGCGAGCGGACAAGAGCGCCUUCCAAGUCUUCACUACAAACGAACACUACAAACUCGACUUCUUCUUCCUUGCCUGCAUGGCCAAUACCUCAGUGUACAUUGUCACCUGCGGGGCGAUUGGUAGUGUUGAGACAACGAGUCGGAAGCAGAAGUGA